UCUAGCAUUCAUUUUAAUCCCAUUGUAUUGAGGUAGUGAUAAUCUCCAUAUGACGGUAUAUGCUUGCUAGGAAAUAUCAUGAACAAGACUGGCACCUGGAUAGCUGCCUGCAUGAUCUGGGGAAAAGAUACAAGGUCAAUGAAGGCCUUAAUUUAUGCGGAACAGCUAUUAUGAAAAUGCUUGAUACUGCGAUUAUUUCGAUGUCUUGUAAUAUAGACGCUGCAAUAUUUACAACCCAGAGGCUCUUUCCAGGGAGGGUACUGAAUUCUGAUCGCAAGCAUCUUGGGAUCUUUUCGCAAUUUGCCAAAACUAAAACUUCAACACCAAGAGAGACCGGCAAACUUGCUCAAGUGUAUCGAGGGAAACCUUCAACAAGCCUGUCCCAUGUGUUCCCGCUUGCCACUAAUAAGGGCCUUAGGAUUAAGGAGAAAAAGAAAAGGAGGCCCCUCCCCCCCCUCCCUUCGGAAUCCUCGGGUGUUAGCAUGAGGAUUGGGGGGUACCGUAGCUCUCGAUUUAAUGAGUUUAAGUUCAUUUAUUUAAUGACUUUCUUGGGUUAACCUUGAUUAGCUAAUCCAAAUAAAGCUGAAAAAAAUUUAGAGCUGAGCUUAAAAAAUAUGUAGAG